AUGGGAAUUUCUGAGAGCAGCGACAAAGUUUUCAGCUCCGAUAUCCUUCGUCUAGAACUUUCAGGACCCAAUCAACCACACCUUACGCUUGUGGAUCUGCCAGGAUUAUUUCAAGCUGGUAGCCGCUCCCAGUCAGACGAAGACGCCAAGACAGUCAAGACACUUGUACUUUCCUACAUGAAGAAUCCACGCAGCAUCAUACUCGCCGUUGUAUCCGCCAAGAACGACUUCAAUAAUCAAUCGAUCACAAAACAUUCACGUGAGAUUGAUCCAACGGGCCGCCGUACCCUUGGGUUGAUCACAAAGCCGGAUACGCUUUAUGAGGGAUCUGAUAGUGAGAAAUUUUACCUGGAGCUGGCGCAGAAUAAAGAAGUGAAGUUCCGCCUGGGUUGGCAUGUGCUUCGCAACAGGGACUUCACGACUAAGGACUCAACUACAGAAGAGCGCGACCGAAUUGAAGCAUCAUUCUUCGAAAAAGGGAUCUGGAGGUCACUUUCGGCUGAUCAAACCGGUAUCCACAGCCUAAAGCCGAGGCUGAGCAAGAUUCUCAAAGAUCAUAUCGUAGCGCAACUACCAGAUGUACUCGUGCAGAUCAAGGACGGCAUUCAAGAAUGUACAGCAAGAUUGGACACUUUGGGUGCGCCAAGAGCCACUGCCCAAGAACAGCGACGGUAUCUGCUCCAGGUUAGCCAGUCGUUCAGCACUCUUAUCAAAGCUGCUGUGGAUGGACAAUAUCUUGAUCCUUUCUUCGGUGACGCUUCCACAAAUGAAGGAUAUCAAAAGCGUCUACGAGCGGUUCUCCAGAAUACACUAACAGCGUUUGCAGCCGACAUGCGCAGGAAGGGCCAUACCUUUACAAUUCUGGACGAAGGCCCGACCGACCCACCUCAUCGGAUAUCCCGUAAGGACUACAUCUCGAAAGUCACUAAACUUCUGGAACGAAGCAGAGGUCGAGAGCUUCCCGGUACGUUCGACCCACUUAUCAUUGGGCACUUGUUCCACGAACAGCGAAAGCCUUGGGCAGGCCUUGUCAAUCAGUGUCUGGAUAUAGUCCUUCACGCUGUUCGCUUCCUUGCGCGCAAAGCUCUCGCGCACGUUUGUGACGAAGCCAGUCUCGCUGGCAUACUAAGGCGGUUUGUCUACGUCAGAUUGGAAAGGCUUACCUCUGAGCUUUGUGACAAAGUAGCGGAGCUACUAAAACCUCAUGAUUCUGGCCACCCAAUCACGUACAACCAUUACCUCACGGAGAGUGUACAGAAAGCACAAAGUGCACGUCGGACAAAAGAGAUCAGAAAAUCUUUAGAGGGACUUUUUGGCGAUCAUUUCGCUGCAGGUGGCGUUCAACUGUUCGAGAUGGACGUGGAUGUCUUGAUCAAUGCCCUCGUUUCGAAGACUGAAGCUGACAUGAAUACUUACGCUAGCUCCACUGCUACAGAUUUCAUGGAGGCUUACUACAAAGUUGCGCAAAAGAAGAUCAUCGAUGACUUCAGUGUCCUUGCCGUCGAAGCACGACUCAUCCAAGAACUCCCCACCCUGUUUUCCCCGGCGGAUGUUAUUGAUAUCGACGAUGUCACAGUGGCCAACCUGGCAUCAGAGAGCGAGGAAUCGUCAAGGGAGAGAACGCGUUGUAGCGAGAAGCUCAAGAUUCUGGAACACGGGCACAAAGCUCUCCAAGGUGUCCAGGACAUCUCGCCACUUCAAAAAGAUACCGAACGAAUCCCCGCAGAGUACAGUAUAGAAUUCGACAAUGAGAAUGGAAGCUCGGAGCUGGAGCUGGAACUGGAACCGGAACCAGAGCCAGAACCAGAACCAGAACCAUAA